UAACGUCCCUCACUUUAAUACACUUUCAACACUUUCUCUCUCUGGAGUCUUGGCACUCUCUCUCUCUCUCUCUCUCUAAAAGAAGGGUAGAGAAAGCCAAACACAAAGCCACCUGUUGUUCCUCAAUAAACCACCUUCAUCAACAACACCAAAAACCACUACCACCUGUGAUCGAAUCAACCAAAACCCUAAUUCACCUUCUCUCUCUCUCCUCUAUCCUCAUCUUUGUUCUUUUCCAUUUCUCUUUCUCCAAAUGGGUCUGUAUUUGUAAGCUUCAAUCUUCAUAGAGAAAUCCAUUCAGAUUAAACUCGAAGAUCAUCUAAAUCUGAGAAUUUCGAUCUUCUUUCAUCUAUCUAUAUAUAAAUUAUAAGUAAAUAUAUAUAGAGAGAGAACUGCUUUUAAUUUAUUUAUAAUUUAUUUUCUGUAAAACUUUUUUUUUUCUGGGGUUUGGGGGUUUUGAUUCCAUGGCUGCUGGUGCGGCAAUUACUGGUGAUUCAGAAGUGGCAGCUCCGGCUGUUCUGUCUUCACAGAAAACUGAUACUGUCAAUACUAAUACCAAUGCCGAACCUAUAUCUGCUGGUGCCAAGGACUCUGAUUCCAAAUCGGAAUUGAAAAUGCAAGUCAUCGUUGAUAUGUUAUCCAAGUUGAAGCUGAAUCCGCUGGCCAAGGAGUUCUUCCCAUCAUCAUACUCGAAUGAUCGCAAUCGCGAUCAAUUGGCCCUGGAUAAUUUUUUGGCAAUUAAUAAGCAUUCAGGCAAUGAUGGGUAUCUGAAUAAUCGAAGGAGAAGAAACACCUUUAACCAGGGCAGGAGGAGGUUGAAUGGAAGAGCUUUUAGAGCUCAAAGAGAAGAUAGCAUUAGGAGAACGGUUUAUGUUGCUGACAUUGAUCAGAAUAUCACUGAAGAGCGGCUUGCGGCCUUAUUUAGUAGCUGUGGGCAAGUUGUUGACUGCCGAGUUUGUGGCGAUCCGCAUUCUCAUCUUCGCUUUGCAUUUGUGGAAUUUGCUGACGAGCAAGGUGCAAGAGCAGCCCUCAACCUUUGUGGGACAAUGCUAGGUUACUACCCAGUUAAGGUUUUACCUUCAAAGACUGCUAUACUUCCUGUGAAUCCUACAUUUCUCCCCAGGUCGGAAGACGAACGGGAAAUGUGUGCAAGGACAGUGUACUGUACAAAUAUUGAUAAGAAGAUUUCUCAAGCUGAUGUCAAGAAUUUCUUUGAAACAACUUGCGGUGAGGUUUCUCGCCUGAGGCUCCUGGGGGAUCACGUGCAUUCUACACGCAUUGCUUUUGUUGAGUUUGUUAUGGCAGAGAGUGCCAUUCUGGCGCUGAAUUGUAGUGGGAGUGUGUUGGGAACCCAGCCCAUCAGGGUAAGUCCUUCAAAGACACCUGUGAGGCCGCGCGUUCCUCGCCCUGGUCUGCAGUAGCUAAUCAUUAGAGUCUGAGACCCGCGGAUGGAAUUAAUGUAUUCCCUGUCGAGAGAGGCUUUGUUGCGAUGAAGGGGUGGUGAAACUUUUUUUUUUUUUUUUUAACCUUUUUUAUUUCAGUGUUUCCAUCUUUUCCAUAACAAUAGUAACUUUUCCAGCAACUCAGUCUGUUGUGAGCCCUGCUUCAAAUGAAGUUUUUUUACAGGACCACUCUGAUCUUGAGACUUUUCACCUUAAUCCAUUAUUUGUUUCCCGGAAUGCAAUCAACUGACUUGAUGA